ACCAAACGACGACAAUUCGCACUUAUUUUUUUUUUCAGAUAUUUAUUUAUUAUAAUUAGAGAUAUCUGAAUACGUUAAGCUCUAAAUCAUUAAACCAUAUAAACAAUAACAUACAAUGGUUUUGGGUGGACUUUUUACUUCCAGACAUCAGUGGGAAAAUGUCGAUAAUAAUCAAUUACCAACCAGUAUACCUGAAGUUGAAGAAGUUGGUGCUACCUCAGCUCCUUUAUUAGCAGCAUCAUAUUUCAUAGGUGCUCAAUGUAAACCAUAUAAUGAUGACUUUAUGUUAUGUAAAGAUGAAAAUAAUGGAGGUACCUUAGACUGUUUGAAAGAAGGUAGAAGAGUUACCAGAUGUGCUAUUUCAGUUUUAAAAGAUAUCAAUAAAUAUUGUUUUGAUGAAUUUAAAUUACAUUAUGAAUGUUUAGAACAAGAAAAUCAUAGAACUGGUCAUUGUAGACCAUCAGAAGGUGUGUUAGGUAAAUGUAUAUUUGAACAUAUGAAAUUGGAAAAGAAAAUCCCAGGAGUUGAAAAACAAAUUCAUUUAAAUCCUUCCCCAGUUUAUCAAGGUACUUCAAAAGAUAAACAAAAGACUGCUGAAUUUUUAAAAGCUAGAGAAGUUAAAGAAUCAGCUUAAGAUUAUCAUUAAAAAUUUCACGAACUCCCCCACAAACACACAAUAACGAAGACGAGAGUAUCAUAGAACAAUCUCCCAAUUGCAAUCACAAUUGCGUUGUAAAACACUUUCGUAAGGACUCUCAAAUCUGAUAGAUUGUCCUUAUUUUCUUGCAUUUCAUUUCAUAAAAAACCAUACUGGUUCAAGAGCAUUUUAUGUUCUAUUCCUUUAAUUUGCACUACACAUGAUUAGUAUAUUCACAUAGAUUAAAUAUUAUUUAUAUAUACAUAUAUAACUUCAAAAAGUUGAAUUC